UCAUCAAAUCAAAUCGAUAUGUUUAUUAUCAACAAUAAAAAAAAACAUUAAAUUCGUCCUCCCUCGCCGUUUGGUUUGGCUGUUUAGUUCAACAUGAUCGUAUUCAUACAUCGACCAAUAAAAUGAUCAUCAUUUUUAUUGGAUCUCAAAUUAAUUGAUUCUUUUAAUUUUCAUGAAUUCAUUCCACUACAUUUUUUUUCUUCGAAACAUGAAUCUGGUCAUAAUUUUAUCAUAUUAUUUCAUUCUAAUUCCAAUCAUAAUCUUUGCUGCUUUACUUACAUCAUUAUAUUUAUAUUGGAAAUUUAAUUAUGAAAAUUCAUCUGAUCAAAUCAGUUUCUAUCAAAAUGAUGACCAUCAAACUAAUAGACCAUCAUCAUCGAAUGAUAAUUCAAGUCCAUCACCGUCAUCAUCAGCGUCAUCAUCGACAACAAAAUUCAAUGAUCGUAUUGUGAUGACAAAAGAAAUUGAUAAACUUUUAUGUAAAAUUGUUGAUAAUAUUGUCGAAUAUUAUGUUAUGACUUGGUAUCGUCCAUUAAUCAUUUCAUCGUCAUAUUCGUUGCAUGAUACAGAUUGUCAAUAUUAUCAACAUAAUGUUCGAAAACAAUUGGUUCAACGUCUUCAUACAUUACUCAGAGAUGACAUUUGGAUAUUAUUAUCAUGUUUCAUUGACCGGCUUUACAAUGUUAAUCAUGUUCAAUUUAUUUCACAAGAUUUAGUGAAACGUUUACGAAACCAUUUUCAGAAUAUUAGUCAUAAUCAUAAUAGAAAAGAUGAUGAUGGAAAUGGAAAUGAAAUUUCUGCAUCUCCACUGGUUGAAUCGUGGUUAGGUCAUCGAAAAAAUCAACAUUCAAUUUCAUCUAUCAUGACAAAUGUUUCACAAUCUUCUUCUUCUUCUGAUGAUGAUGAUGAUUGUGAGAGUGAUAUUUCAUGUUCUGCAUCGCAAACCAAUCUUGAUUCUCCAACACUUCCAAAUGAUGAUAAUAGACCAAUUUUAAUGAAAUCAAAAUUUUCAUCAUUUAUUUCAAAUUCAAAUUCUAAAACUCAACAAUUAUUACAGAAUUUGAAUCCAUUUCUGAAAACAACCGAUUCACCAUUUGCAAAUGUUUCUGAAUCACAAGUGAACAAUGACGACGACGACGACUACAACGUUGAAAAACAAGUGAUUGGUCCGAUUCAAUCAAAACUAUCUGCAGCAACCAAAGCAACAAUAAUCUAUCCAUUGGCAUCACAUUUAGCUGACGUGGAUUCAGAGAAAAAUCUGAUUGAAAAUUUGGCCAGUUUUAUAUUGACCACACUGUUGAAUGAUAUUAAUCGUGGUUAUCAGAAUCAAUUUUCACCAUCGUCAUCGACAUAUGAAUCAUCAAAAUUAUUAUUGAUACAAAAUUGUCAAACAAUACGUUCAUUUUUGAAUGAAAUUUUGGCCAAAAUUCUUUACGAUACAAUCGAUCUGAUUACACAACCAAAAAUGAUUAAUUAUCAAAUUGUUAAAAUAUUGAAAAAAUAUUUCCUACUCAAAGACAUACUUUUCUACGAUACAAUUCAGCAACAAUCUGAUAAUAACAAUAACCAGGAUUUAAAACAACCAACAGAACUUGAUGAUAAUUAUGAAGAUUUCGUUUCCGGUUCAGAUUCUUAUGAUGAUGAUGAUGAUGACGACGAUGAUGGUAAAAAUGACGAAUAUCUUGGUGGUAGAAAAAAUAUUUUCAUAUUAAAUGAAGCAAAACAAUGUAUCAUGGCAAACGAUUUUGAUCAUCUAUAUGAAUUGAUUGAUAAAUGUAAUAAUGUGAAAUUAUUGAAACAUAUCCGUUUGAAAUUGAUUGCCGAAAUAUUGGAUGCAGCUGUUGUUUCACAUUUGGAUCAUCAUCAUCGAAUGAUCAAUACAAUUGAUGAAAAACGAGGAUUUUCACGACAGCAGCAACAACAACAACAACAACAUCGUUCAACAACCAAUGACAUUUAUCAAUCAUCAUCAGACCCAAGAGAAUGUUUUACAUUUAAUGGUCAGAUAAAUUUAAAAUUUAAAAAUUUAAACAAGAAAAAAAUAUUAAACGUUUGAUUACGCGAUUACGGUUU